AUGUUUCGCAGGAACAAGAGCUCCAUCGGCGGCACCAAGAGCAUCAGCGCGUCGUCCUCAAGCGCCUCGGGCUCGCGCGUCUAUGCCGAGCAAGUCUCGCGUCAAUACGAAGUGCCUCGCGCCAUGACAAAAGAGCGCCUCAAGGAGCUCGCGGCUCUCGGCGAGCGUCGCAUCAACCAGCUCAUUCGGUGGGUCACGGACGACGACCAGGGCGUCGAAGGGUCCGUGGCUGCUAGCGCCGUGCUGCGGCAGCAGAAGGAGAACUUUACCGUCUACGAGAUGCACGACGACCGCGACGAGCUGCUCGUGAUGAAGGGCGUCGUGCGGCUCCAGAACACGACGUGUGACGAGGUCCUGGCGCUGCUCUCGGGCCGCACAGCUGUGGAAGUGGACGCGUUCUUGCAGGACCUGCUGGGCGCCCAGUACGCGGCAGGACAGGCCCUCCAUUACACGGAAGUGGAUAUCGAUGCAGGGAAUGCGCCCGAGCCGACGCCAGAGGUUCCGACGCCCACGACGGCGUUGCAGAGUCCGCGUGGGACGAGACCGACCACGUCGUCGCUCAUGGUCCAGUGGCUCGCGCUCAAUGACGUGCACCCGCAAGCGCCACUGCGGGAGUUUUUCUUCAUGCGGUUCAAUCAGACGUUUUGUACCGGCAGUGGUGGGAACAACCCCUUAGGCGGUGGAGCGUCGUACGGCGUCUCGGUGUUGGAGUCGCUUGAGCUGCCGCGGUGUGGACCUAUCUUUUCCCAGACGCACAUGCAGCGUCAUCCGCUGCACAAGUGCGGAUUUGUCGUCGAGGCAUCGGAGGACAAGAGCUCGACGACCACUCGUGUGUCGUUCUUCGUGACGGCACCGUAUCGUGCUCCGUCACUUGAACAAGAUCGUGCAUGGCUAUUGCGGCUUGCCGGAUGCGUGCGGCUCGUGCCCAGUGCACUGGUGAAUCGUCGGAUCCGCCGCAACCAGCUACGGGACCGACGGAGCUGGCAUUUCCGAGACACGUGCUCGGUCUGUGCCGGUGGUUUCUCCAUGUUUACACGUCGCGCGCACCACUGUCGCAUCUGUGGCUCGGCGGUCUGUUCGAAAUGCUCCGCGAUUCGGAAAGACGCACAGCGCUCGAAGCUCGCAGGCAGCACGCGUGUGUGUAUGGCGUGUCUGAAUGGCGACCAGAACGGACCGAAUGGCGCAUCGAGCGCCACCUACGAUAAUCGCAGCGGUGCCGGUCGAUCAAGUGCUAGUGAAGGAGCGUCGAGUCGUGGGAGUGAUAGUGAGUGCUUUGGCAGCUCGGCACACGUUACAGUAGAGGAAGCUUGUGCUGGAUUCUCGAUCGAGCCCACGCUUGCAGCAAACCUGCCUACGAGUCCAAGCAGCACGUCCAGCAGUGGUCUCAGCCAAGGCGGCAAGGAUGAUGGCGACGUGGUCGUGACUUCCCCGUAUGACUACGAGCUGACGUUCGCAAAGGGCAAUUCGUGGCCCGAUGCUCCAUUGACGUCAACGGAAGAUGAGCGCGUCCAGAUCAUUCAACGGCUGAAUCUGUCGCAGGACUUUGCCAAUACUGUUCUCCGUGACCUAUUGGACUUGGCGCGCACGACUGUCAACUGUCCAGUGGCUGCUCUUUCAGUGGUGACGAAGUCAACGAGUUUGUUCGUGACCACGGUCGGUCUUGUGGGCGACCAGGUACCGCGUGACAUUGGCGUGGACGCCCACGCUCUAAUGUCGCAUGAACCUCUGGUUGUGCUGGAUUGUCGAAAGGAUCUUCGGUUUGCCAAGAACCCGUUGGCGCUCUCGAUGCAAGUGCAGUUUUUUCUGGGCGUGCCGAUGAUUGCGAAGGAUUCGGGAGUAGUUGUAGGCGCUUUGUGCAUGGCGGACAAGAAGGCACGGAAGAGAGUCAAGGGCUCGGACCUGCGGGCACUGCAGCUCAUUGCAUCGCGCACGAUGGACAAGAUGGAUGCGCAGAACGCCGAAGCAACUGAGAAGAUUACGGACGGGGUGAAACUGUUGUAA